CAGCAAGCCCCGGACGAGGAUGAAGUUCAGUUCAACAUCUCGUUAUCCGAUUCGGUAGCUAUGAAUUUUCGUCGAUGCGUCUUGUGUUGUACUACCAUCUCUCCCUUCUACUUGCUCCGCGUUAUCGAUUGUUACGAACGCGCCGACUGAUAAUGCGUUAAAUGCGUGCAUUUCCUUUAAAACGAAAUCACAUAUCCUCGUGUCUACUUGCCCAGAAAGAAUCGGAUACCACGGUGCGAUCGGAAUUAUGUACACCGUGCAAAAUUAACUUGGCGUUUGGAUACUCUGCGGCAUGGAGGAUGGAACUUAGAAAAGGGCCUUGGUCGAAGAAAAUCCUGGUUCCAGUUUGUUUCCUGAUAAUUCUCAUCUGGAUCUUUCUAAUCGACAAUUCGCUACUACUCAACAAUCUCUCUGGUAAAGCAACCUUACAAAAGCCGAGAAAUCUCGUUUCUUUUGCCCGCAAUCCGAAUCUGGAUCGUCUAACGAUCAAGGAAUCCUCUCUAACAAAUGACGUCGAAUUGAAACGCGCGAAAGUAUCGAGACUUCAAGUGGUGUCGCUUUGGACAGGCAACAACAGCGUCAAAGGAAACGCAGGAUCCUUACGAAAGUAUCAAAUCUUGAGACAGCAGGGCUUAAUGCCCAGUAAACAAUUGCCAACAGCUUUGAUAAUCGGGGUCAAGAAAGGCGGGACUAGAGCGUUGUUAGAGUUUCUGAGACUACAUCCUGCUAUUCGCGCUGCUGGAUCUGAAGUUCACUUCUUCGAUCAUCAUUACAUCAAAGGAUUUCAUUGGUACAGGCACAGGAUGCCUCCGACAUUAUCCACUCAGAUCACGAUGGAAAAAACUCCAUCGUAUUUCGUGACGAGUGAAGUGCCAAGGAGAGUCCAACGCAUGAAUCCGGCGAUGAGAUUGAUUCUCGUAGUAAGGGAUCCAGUUACUCGAGCAAUAUCCGAUUAUACGCAAGUGAGGAGUAAACGAGCCAAUAUGCCAAAGUUCGAGGAUCUAGCGUUUCUGAAUGGAUCAAAAAUCGUGGACACAACGUGGGUACCAUUGAAAAUCGGGGUAUACGCACGACACUUAGAGAGAUGGCUCCAGUACUUUCCACUAUCGCAAUUUCUGUUCGUUUCUGGAGAGAGAUUGAUCGUGGAUCCAGUCGCUGAGAUUACCAGGGUUCAGGAUUUUUUAGGCCUAAAACGAGUUAUCUGUGAGAAACACUUUUAUUUCAACGCCACGAAGGGGUUCCCUUGUCUGCUCAAAUCUGAGGAACGUCCUACACCCCAUUGCCUUGGUAAGAACAAGGGUCGUAGUCAUCCUUACAUAGAUCCUGUAGCCAUACAACGAUUGAGAGAUUUUUAUCGUCCGUUCAAUCAACGUUUCUACCAAUUGACCGGAAUGGAUUUCGGCUGGUUAACAACGCAUACGAAUGGAAUAUACAUUUCACCGCGCACACAAUUGCUAUCCAUAAUCUAUAUACAAGAUAAGCAAAUUCACGAUCGAACUGUUCGGUAUGGGAACGUCCGAUCUUUUUAUCACAAGACUGGGACGUACAAUUCCGAUAAAACUUAA